CCACAAGUGGGUUAAGGACAGAAGUGACGACUUUACUUACGAAAGAAGCAUAGUUGGCUUCGUUCACUUUCUCUUGCGGCGUCAUGUCCAACUCAAGUUCCCCUCAGGAUUCUUCGUUCGUACCUAGGCGAGAAUUCAUCCGUGAACAAAGACACACUCCAAACACCUUUUCCCUACUUGCUAUUGCCAGUUCCAACUGCAUUAGACUCUACUCCUUUCCUUUGCCAGUUGUUUCACAUCUUCAUCGCUUUUUCGACCAGCGCUCGCUCGUUUCUGCUUUUCGCGAAGAUAGGCUUUUGAUGGAAAUUCUGAGCAUAAUAUAUCAACAUGGCUAUUCUUUUCUAUCUAGCAUUGAUUAUGGCCGUGAAAUCGAUGACCGUGUCGCUAUGGCCUUUUCCAAACCAUCUGUUACCCAGUCACCUCGUUCCGAUUCACCUUUGCCUGAAGGUUCAAAGAUGUCUCACUCGGACAAGUCCAAGGUUAAGGUUCCUUUUGCCUUAUCCUUUCCCUCUGCUACCACUCUCCGUGUUAUAUGUCCCCCACUGGACACCACACCAGCUAUUCUCCAGGCCGUACGCGGCUCGUGGCCUCGGGGCGUCGUUUCAGAAAGGAAGAUUGGUGAUCAUUCUUUCGAGUUCAAAUUAAAGGGUUACAAAUGGUUUCAAGAGGAUACAUUUGCUUCCGAUUCCCUCCAGCAUAUCCUUUCCCUUUUGUCGUCGCUCGAUGCCCAUUCAUUCACCCUUCUCACCUCACUAUCCCUGACAAAUCGUUCGCGAGUCAAAGAUCUCUGGAUAUUCACUGGGCUUUCUCCUCCAUCCGAUGAAACGAUUCUCCCAGAUUCACCGGUUCCAUCGAUUUUGAACUCCUCUCACCCCUCCUUCACAAUUCCUUCUUCCGCUCAUCAUCGGAAACUCACUACAGAACCUAGCACCAUUCCACGUUCACCCUCACCUCUACAUCCUCGCACCGUCACGGACGGUCCACACCGUCCACAUGGAGGCUCACCGCUUAAUCAUCUACCUACUGCAUCAUCUUCGGCGAGCCCUGCUCUUCGCAAGCCGGCACCUCGAGCUCAAGUACCCGUGUCCGUUCAUGAUGAUGCCGAGGGCGAAGGAUAUCGCGCAAAUCUUCCUAGUACAGUGCCCUCCAGUGUUGAAAAUAUGACUGGUGUCGGUGCAUCGACAGCGCCUGGGGCUUUCUACUCUACUCCGCCAUUUCAAGCCGAACUGAGCCCUCGUAUCUCUCCCGCAGCAUCAGGAUAUCCUACUAGCCUUCCAAUAUCCGACCCCAUUCUGCGAUCCAACACACCACCACUCGUCUCGGCUCGUCAGACAAGGGAUUUGUCGCCCCAUAUAGAAGCCCAAGCAGACGCCGUUGUCAAGUCAAAUUCUUCUAGUGCGGCUGGAUCACCCCCGCUCUUGAGCCCUGGCGUGUUUCGAGAUUCAGCAUUCUCGUCUAACACAGAGAUUAGCACCGAGGUGCCCAUUAAAUGGACGGGAAAAAUCGCGGAUCCAAUGGUGGCCGAAACGGAAGCUCCUCCCUCCACUUCUCCUAAAUUUCCAGGCGGCUGGCAGACGACCCCGAUAGAAGAAAAGGACGAGGUAGCCAGUGUGACCUCAGGGGUCAUGCCGGAACAUAGCGCAUCGCAAGAACAACCUAUUCAGGAUGUCCCGCAUCGGAUUGCUUCGCCUGUCUUCAGUGAACCUGAUGAAGAAUUGCGCAAAAGCGAAGCGGGCAUGAUUGGAUGCCUUUCUUCAAGUCCGUCUUUAUCUCCUAAAGGCAAAGAGAAGGACAAUAAGUCGGGCAAGCAGGGUUGGGUUCUGGUCAAUGUAGAAGGCGGCUCCGCAUCCUCACCGAUGGCGGCCACUCAUACCGACAGACAAUUGGAAGAGACUGGUUCCCAAGGGUCGCGGCAUACCGCGCAACAGGGUAGCAACGACGCUGGUAUGACAAUGCCUAUUUCAGGAAAACCGACGGCAUCUCCAGCAGCCAGAGCUAUCGCUAUGGUUGACGCUGUGGAAGCAAAACACAAGCACAAAGCGAUGUUUGGUAAAGGGGAUACAGUAUUGGAAGUCUCCAUCGAGGAUAAAAAGAUUCUUCUCCUUAUCCAGAAAGGAUAGAAGAGAGCUGCCGAUCACGCCGUUGAGGAAGACAAAAAGGUCAAGGAAAGGGGCGUAAAGAGGGCAGGUGUAGAGAACCGACAUCCCACAGGGAGUCCGGAAGCGUCAGAAACCCCACGGCGUCGAAGUAUCGAUGGAUGACAUUGCUACUUACGGAUACAUAUUCUUCAUGGAUACGAGAACACUUGGACUAUUGUAUGUGCCUCUGUUCAUUCUUUUGGGAUUACGACGUAUUUAGAACACAGUUACACUACCCUAAGUAAUAACGUCUGCCCUGGCAGACUAUUCAGCUUUUGCAUCAUUUAGUUCUUCAGCAUACGCUGGUACCUGAGGACAUCUACUAGCUUUACGGUUGUCAUGAUUGUUUACGAAUGUAGUGUGUGAUUUAUUGUUGUAAAACGCGUCGGGUGAACGAGGAAUGGUUGACGCGUCCGCCGAGCA